AUGAAACUAUCAACCGCUGUAUUGUCAUCAAUCCUGCUUACUUGCUCAGUUACUACAGCUAAACCAGCCCCUCCCAUUACAACUAUAAGCACUGUGCCUAAAAUUUCAACAGGUCAUAGUGCACGAGAUGCAGGAUUAGCUGGCAUUAACUCGCUUUCAACCCGUGAUAGGUCUGUUAUCAAAACCUUUGUAGCAAAAAAAGAGUACCAUAAAAAGGCAAGCAAACUACACGGCUUGGUACAAUCUGUGUAUAAUGCUCAGGCAAACCUAUUAAUUGGGCUGGGUGAGGACCCUAAACGCUUUCAAAGUAGAUCUUGGGAAAUCAGUGCCAAUCCAAAUCACGAGCUUAGUGAACAAUAUUUCAUUCUCUCCAAACUUAAAGAACAGUCUAGUAAGUCUAAUUACUAUUAUAGAUUGUCAUCUUCGGCAGUGAAUCAGGAACGAAACAACCUUGUGAAUCACUUUUUCGGGGGAGCUUCAAAUAGCAAACUAGUGAAUUCUCGUAUGACACUCCUCGAAUCAAACCCCACAAUUUUGAAUUGCAUCCGCGAAUUUGAAAAGGAAUUUGCUAGUCGACCACCACAACAAAGUUCUCAAUAUUCUGGUGCUCGACGACAAGGCUAUCAAUAUCCUGGUUCUCGACAACAGGGCUAUCAAUAUCCUGGUGCUCGACAACAGGGCUAUCAAUAUCCUGGUUCUCGACAACAGAGCUAUCAAUAUCCUGGCACUUGGCGACAAGGUUAUCAAUAUCCCGGUGCUUGGCGACAGAGCUAUCAAUAUCCUGGUGCUCGACGAUAAGGUUAUUAAUAUCUUAAUAUUAAAUAUCUGACAUUGGUGAAAAUAUCUGGAGUUUUUUCAAUUUACAAAAAACUUUUCCAGAUUCAACGAUGGGGUCAUCAUAUUUUAAUCAAGAGGCGUAUCAAUCAAUACAAUUGAUCCAAUUGAUUUGAAUUCUAAUCUGAUCUGGCUCAACUGUUUCAACUAUCAUUUUGAUUUAAUUUACAAUAAACUUUGAUUAUCAUUUGACGUUAAAUAUACAUACACCAUGACAUGUGUGACAUGUGUGAUUGACUAUAACUGGUAUGGACUGCAAUCGAUUGUACAUGGUAGUUUGAUAUCGAUUGCAGUUGUUGAUCGAUACUCGGACUACCCGAGUUUGUAUUCCUAGUUGUAUUCAUGACUGGAUAUUUGAUUGGAUACUUGACAUGACUGGUCAUAUAUGGUUUGCACAACAGCCUGGAUUGUACAAUGAUCACUGUCCAGAUAUACAUGUCAAGUGCGUGUAUAACCAGGUUGACGAUAUUGACCAGUUGACACAUGCUGAUCAAUGCAACUGGUGUGUAUUGUAUGUAUUGUGUGCAUAUACAUGUAUGGCUUGAUCACUCGGAUGUACAUACUCGACAUACAUAUCGACACGACAAUCAGAUCGACAACCACCAUCACAAUCAGGUUGUAUGUGGACAGUGUUGUAAUGUCGAGUGACUGGAUCCAAUUGCAGUGUAUAUACGAGUCAUACAACGAGUUAUUGAACAAGCUGCUCAACGAGUCAUACAAAGUUCGUGUUCGUGUUCGAGUGAUGCAAUACAAUACAAUGUGUACAUCAAUCCAGAAUACGAGUCAACCAUGACAUAUGAUCAUGAUGUGUGAUUGAUACAACUAUAUAGCGACAAUCGAUAUUGAUAUAGUAACACAACAU